UGCAUCAGUAAUGUGUCUGGAGACAUUAGCAUGUACCUCAGAAGAAGAUUGUUUGACUGGUUGCGAACAAGAGAGAUUGUACAAGAUAAACAAAACUGAAAGUAAUGAUCCAAAGGGAGAUAGUGGUCAAUGUUUAGAAAAUGAGAGUCCUUCUUCACUGGUCCAUGAAGAUGGACCCUUGAAAUUGUGCACAGUGUCCAAACAUCCCAGUAGGAACACAGAAGUUGAUGAAGGGUGCCACUAUAGAGUCAUGCCACACCUAGCAGAGUGGAAUUUGGAAAGUGGUGAUGAGGAGAUGGAGUGUGCUUCAAUUCUUGAGGUAGCAUCAUCCAAUUCUUCUCUGCAUAAAAAUACACGCAAUGCAGCAAGUUCAUUAAGUAAGCAGAAGGUUGAAAAGUUCAGAUCCAGUAUUAUCUUGUUUUCUGACAGUGGAUCUCAAACUGAAACUGUACCUACUGAAAUGACUGAACUUUGCAUUUGUGAAGCAUCAGAUGAGUUAUAUGCACCUGAAGAUAAUUUCAUAGAGUUACCGCACAAUGUGGGAUAUUUUAUGAGAAAGGGAAAACAAGCAAUCAAUGGAAAACAAAACUGCAGUCUUCCUACUGAGAAAACAUCCCUGUGGCAGCUUGGAAAGCAUGCAGAAAAGGUUAGGAUUCCUGAAGAAUACAAUUCAUUGAAGCAAGAAGAAACAGGAAAAGGGGAACUGAGAUCUGAAGAUGUCUUUCAUUGGUCAGACUCAAUGUCUUUGUUGAUGAGGAAACUUGACCAGCUGAACAUGGACAUUGAGGAUGCACUUAGUUCCAGUUCAUCUCCUGCCAGCACCCCUGCUACCAAGAGACGUCAAGAUUUUCAACAGCCAGCACUGCUAUUGAAGUUGAGCCAGGAGACAGCUGAGAUUGAAGCCAAGGAAGCAUGUGACUGGUUGAGAGCUGCUGGGUUCCCUCAGUAUGCACAACUGUAUGAAGAUUCACAAUUUCCAAUUGACAUUGCAUCUGUAAAGAAAGAUCAUGAUUUCCUUGACAAAGAUUUCAUGGAGCCACUUUGUAGGCGACUAAACACUCUGAAUAAGUGCACCUCUAUGAAAAUAGAUGUCAACCUUCCCAAGAAGAAAGUAAGGAUAUACCUUUUGAUAAAUCUUCUAUUUUCAUCUGUAGCUUCUGGCAAUGUUUGGUAA